CGUACAUAGGUUAAUUCUGCAGCUCGCGCUGUUUAUCAAACCCCUAUUUAAAGCGCACUCAGAGGCGUCAGUUGCCGCUUCUAUGCCCAAUCUAUUGUUGAACGCCACCCCAUGUUGAUAUCAAUGCAGAUAAAUCCAGCUUAUAGUUACAAAAAUGCCGGACGAUGUGUCCAUGAUUUCCCCUUCCAACGCUGCGUCUCGAUCGGUGUUUCCGAGAGGUCCCAGCUUUACCCUUGAGGACUUUUCAAGUCGCGAUUUUAUCGUCAAGGAGUUUAUUGAAGCGCUUUCCGACUCCGCCAUCUCAAAUCGUCGUUCUACACUUAACCCCGCAACCGGGAAUCAACCGUUUGACCCUAAACCACUUAUUCGGUCCCUCGAGCACGCACAACGACGACUGGGUGAAAUUUCAGGCGACCUGGAGAUCAAAGAGAAUGAAUUAUCGGCCGCAGUCCGCAGGGCGGAGGCACAGCACUCCCAGAACCUUAACACAUUGGGCAAAAAAUUGAAACAAACAAUUGAAUCGUUCCAGCAGCUCGACACAUCGCUCAAUGGCGCAGGACUACCAGGUGCAGAACUUAUCGGGGCCACUGGAAACAUGGCAGUGGAGACUGGAAAAAGGCUAGAGGAGUUGGACCGCCAAAGACGUCGGGCGCUUGACGCCCGCUUCUUGCUCGAAUGCUGGGACGGAGUGAGCAAUAGAGGCGAGAUAACACUGCUGGAGAAUUUGAGAAGAUCCGGAACAGGUGAGGCUAAGGUAAGAUCAGCACAGAUUGCGCGACAAUUACUGCGUAUCAGCCAAAGACUUGACACCGAGAGCUGGAAUGAUUCAGGCGGAAGAACUACCGGGCUCCUUGGGAACGGAUCCAUAACUGCAGACAACCACACAAGUGGAAGGGGCGAUGGUGUUAGACGAAAUACCCGUGAGAUUAUCGAAAAAUUCUCUGAGACUUUGGAGAAUGAUUUGUUAAAGCAAUUUGACGACUUCUACCGCAAGGCAAACUUUGAAGGCAUGAAAGACUGCGCAAAUGUGCUCCAGGAUUUCAACGGUGGUGCAAGCGUCAUCGCUCUGUUUGUCAACCAGCACCAGUUCUUCAUUGAUCGGAGCCAGUUGGUUACAGAAGAAGUAGGGGGUGAUCUGGAAACCUGGGAAAUGCUCGCAGACCCUGAUGCCGAACCUCUGAAAGUGGAGCCCAGUCUUCAAUCCCUGAUCGAUGAAGUCAAGGUUGUAGUGCAAGAGGAAUCUGCCAUUAUCAGACGGGCUUUUCCGUACUAUGAGCAGGUGCUCGGGAAGUUCUUACAACGUGUGUUCCAACAAUCCAUACAACAAAGACUGGAGAUGGUCUUGGAGAAAGCGAACAGCGUCUCGUCAUUAGCAUUUCUGCGGUCCUUACAGAGCUCACGCAGCUAUAUAAGUGCUCUGGUUGAUGAUUUGAAAAGCCACGGGUUGACCGAACAUCCAGAUGCAAUCUCUUCGCAGACAGCCCUGGUUCUCGACCAGCAACUGGAAGAUCUAUUUGUGCCAUAUUUUGUUGGGUCGUCAUACAUAGAGAGGGAGAAGAGGACACUGGAAGAGCUGUAUACGUCUUUGCUUUUCAAAUUCACCACUUUCCAUGCCCGCAGGAAAAAAGCCGCGACGACCUUUAUGGCAUCUCUCUCGAAGUCCGGUACUGAAAUGCUCUCUUCAGCGCGUGAUGCAUAUCUAAACCGUCUGGAGUCCUCGGAAUUUCCCCCUACCCAAAGAAGAAUGUUGCUUCAAGUGGCGGGGCUGAGGGAGUCUAGUGACCUCGCGAAGACUACUGAUAUCAAACUUACCGAAGAAGAUGGCAUUCCGAGCAUAUCUUCUGCAAAACGGAUGCUCAAGUGGCUUGCGGAAGCAGUUGGCAGGGGCUUGGAGCUUAGCAUGAACAGUGAAACACCCAAGGACAUGCUUGCACUGUUGAGUCUUCUUCUCUCAGUAAUGGGAGAAGGGUUCAUUGAAGUGUCCUUAGAUGCGGCUCUGGAAGCAGCAACGUCACAAGAGUCUGGAAGAGUGGAACCAGACUUUGCAUACCUACCAGCUAUUCGAAAUGCUAUUGGUAUUGCGAAUUUGAUGGUGAUGUGCAUAAACACCUUGCUUAUUCCUCUUGCCGCGGGUAGUAUCACGGUCCGUCGAGAGAUGGAAAAGAAGACCAAUCUUAUCACCAUGCGUGUAGAAGACAAAAUCAACACACUUGAACAGAAGGUCAUUGAAGCGACCCUAGUUUGGAUCGGCAAGCUUUUGUCUGGUCAAAAGAAGAACGAUUUCCGACCAAAGGAGGGUGAUAAUGCAGCUUGGUUGGAGAAACUGCAAACGCCAACAUGUGCUUCAAUUUGCACAUUUUUGACCCGUGUGCAUAAUGUCGUGAGGACAUCAUUGCCACCCAGCGGCUCCAAUCUUCGCCAGCUGCUUACAGAAAUUGUUAUUGGAACGCGCAGUCUCCUUCUGGAUCACUUCAAGCGGUUUGUUGUCAAUGGGCCUGGCGGACUUAUGGUCACCAAGGAUAUGACGCAGUAUACAAAUCUUCUCAAAUCCUGGGACAUAGAGGAACAGGUUAAAGGACCAAGCGGUACGCUGGACGUUCUGCUGGAGGUUGGUAACCUCUUUGUUAUUGGCUCUGAAGCUUUGCGUGAGAGAAUACGCGGCGGCAUAGCCAGUGCUAGCACUGGUGGAACCGCUGGAAAUACUCCCGGAGCAAGCUCUGGGCGAAGCCUCAGUGGUUCUGAUCAGGCCGAGACCACCCUUAGCGUACAGGAGGUCAGGGCCUACGUUUCUCGGAGAGAAGAUUCAAAUACAGCUGCACUGCAGAGUGUGCUCAACAUUCUCUAAUAUGAGGUAGCUUGUUUGAAGCAUGUCGCUAAUUUCCCACGAAGUCAGGGGCAAUGUGUGAUUGGAAUCAUGUGCUCAGUAUGCGCUAUAGGGUAUGCUGUUCGCCACAUGACCUUGAUCACACGUUGAUGGUUGACUGGCCCUGGUGCUGUUUCCAGAAAAGCGUCAGUUUGGUUCAAAGUUUGUAGUAGCAGUUCCCUGUACGGAGGAUUAUCAUGAUAGGGAGCAGAUUUGAUGGAUAAUAUGAUUUAAUGAGAGCCUUGAAAA